AUGGCGACUACUACUCCAGGAGAAGAUGACAUGGAAUUGGAAAGACAACUUCAGAGUCUUAACAAGUCUAUCGUCAAAACCAUUCAGCGUGGAGAUGACGUUUUUGAUUGCAUAGACAUUUAUAGCCAACCUGCACUUGAUAACCAAUUGCUCAAGAAUCACAAUAUGCAGCUGCGACCAACUUCAUUUCCAGCUGAGACUCAAAAAUCAGCUCCUGUGAUUGAUCCGAUAUCCGAAACAUUGUCUAAAAUGGAAGCAUGCCCUGAGGGAACAGUUCCUAUACCUAGAACAACAAAGGAUGAUUUAGUAAUGGCCAAAAGUCUUUCACUUCAAAUGUUUCGCAAUGCCGCAAAAACUAAUGCCCUUUCCCCGAACACUCAUAAUAAACCAAAAAGCCGGCGUCGCAUAAUAUGGAGUAGCUGGGAUCUGUUCGAUUUACAAGCUACCCUCAUCGCCGGAUUGGUCCAGCACUCCAAUGUUUGGGUGGAAGGUGCUCCGCAGGGAAACUAUAAUGUUCUUAUUGCUGGGGUGAUGGUGUCACAACCAAUAAACAGCGAUGACAUUCCUCAAUUAUUUGUGUAUUGGGCAGAUGGAGAUAAGACCGGGUGCUUUGAUUUCCUCUGCCAGGGGUUUGUACAAACUGACCGGACAACUGGUCCGAAAAACUUCUCUAGGACCAGUAUCUAAGUUUGGUGGAGAUACAU